AUUCACCCCUAGACACAACACCAAUAUAAAUAUAGCUCCCCGAGACCCGUGAUCAUUGUGUACCGAACUCAGUCGAUACAAACAUGUCUCGCUUCGCCUUCGUCGUCCUCGCCUGCCUGCUCCAGAAUGUAUACAGCCAGUGCAUCGGCGCGGGCUGGCCGACCGCCAUCGGCGCGCCGUGCGGCUGCGGCGCCGAGCUGGUCGGCCCCCUCGGCCUGGGCAUCGCCGGCCCCGCCGGUCUCGGCCUCGCCGGUCCCCUCGGCCUCGGCAUCGCCGGCCCCGCUAGCCUGGGUCUGGCCGGCCCCCUCGGCCUGGGCGUCGCCGGUCCCGCAUACGGCGGCGUCGGCAUCGGCGAGGUGGCCGUGGCCGGCGAGCUGGGAGUGGCCGGUAACACCGCCGUGGCCGGCCAGGUGCCCAUCCUCGGCGCCGUGGAGUUCGGCGGCAUCGUGCCCGCCGGCGGCGCGGUCUCCAUCGGCGGCAGCUGCGCCUGCGGCUGCAACGGCCCCUACCUCUACUAAAUUCUUAACAGGAACUGAAAAUUCCUGUUAGGAAUUUAGUAAAACCACGAUGUUAUGCGAUGUAAAUUAUAUGAGCAUUUUAAAU